GUUGAAUUCAAGUUUCGGAUAACCUGCGAUGGAAGAAAAAUCAAAACAAUCAUGCUCCUGUCGCAUAGCAGUGAACGAUGAGACUGGCCGUGUUCAAUGGUGUGUUGGAAAAUUACAUGUUUGGACCAACGUGCUUAAAUGGCUCGUCUUUGUGCCAGUGGUUCUUCUCACAGCUGCCCUCAUAACUUAUAUUGUAUCAAGAGUCGCAGUCACUGCGGCCACACCUCAAACCACCAGAUUAAAACCCGAAGAUAUUUGGUACAUCAACGAAGAAAAAAGGAACAUCCAACGUGGUCUUCAGACAGUUUACGUCCCGGAAUACGAUGAUGUGUCCCUCCCCGUACCGACAGCUUACUACAACGACAAUGACUUAAUUUCAGUGAACCACAGUAAACAAAGGCAAAGGCGGUCACCAACGUUUAACACUGAAGAUUAUGUGGUGAUUGAGAACUAUGAAACGGUAAUAAACAACGAAAGUGCAACAACUUCAAGAAACAAACGUGAGAAGUAUGACACAAGCAUGAACAGCACUGAAUUGCAUGACGAUGAAAGUCAAGAACAUGUUAUCGCCUAUAAUAUUUCCACAAAAGAAUUGUGGCAGAUUGCAACCACAAAAACCGAAAAACCAGAUUUAAAACCUUUCUUUCACAAGCAUAAAAUAUCCAAAGAAGAAAUUAGAAGCUUACAAAGCAAAUUUAUGAGAACAGUCAUGAACAGCACAGUCAAUCCAUGCACAGACUUUUAUGAAUAUGCUUGCGGAAACUGGAAUAAACAUUUUCAGAUACCUCCAGACAGAGCUUCGUAUGACACCUUUGGAAUCGUGCGGGACAAUUUGGAUUUUGUUAUUAAAGAUUUGUUGGACGACGUCCAUCCCCCGCCUGCAUCCAAAAACAGUGAAGAAAUGUUUAAAAGUGGCUACAUAUUGAAGUCAAUUUUUGAAGACUUGCAGCACCACGAUCACAGUAAAGCUGUGGUUAAAGCCAGAAACUUUUACUUGUCUUGCAUGAAUGAAGAAAUGAUCAACAAAAGAGGAGACGAACCGUUGAAGAAGAUUCUAAAACAACUUGGGGGUUGGCCAAUAGUUGACAAAGACUGGGAUGGAUCUAAUUUUGAUCUUGUUUCACUUCUUGCAAAACUAAGGCUUCUCAAUAAUGACAUACUUAUUUCUGAAUGGAUUGGGCCAGACAUGAAAAACUCAAAGGAAUAUAUGAUACAUAUCGAUCAAACUUCACUGGGAUUAUCUUCUCGAGAUUUUUACAUAGAACCCUCGACUUAUUAUUCAAAGGUGCUCGCUGCUUAUAGAAGAUUUAUUCAUGACAUUGCUCACAUAAUGGGUGCAACUAACAUUGCAUUAGGUGAUAUUGAUGAACUGUUAAAGUUUGAAACCGAGUUAGCCCGGAUUGUGUCAUUAAAUGCUGACAGGAGAUCAGUAUCAGAUGUUUAUCUCCGAACAGAUAUUCAAAGUUUAUCAUUGCACUUCCCUGACUUCGAUUGGGACAAAUAUUUUUUACUCAUUUUAGGACGAAAAAUAUCUUCCGUUUACCCAGUAGCCAUACAUUGUGUAGAAUAUUUACAGAAAAUGCUGGAACUAAUAAAAAACACUCACCCAAGAAUAUUACAAAAUUACAUUCUUUGGAGAUUCAUCAGACAUCGUACGAAUAAUUUAGAUGCCAGAUACUCAAUUGCUAAACAAAAAUUCUACCACGUGUUAAUCGGAAGAGAAAGGGAGCCUCCCAGAUGGACGUUUUGUGUUGCUCAAGUAAACGCAAAGAUGGAUAUGGCUGUGGGUGCUUUGUUUGUUAGAAAAUAUUUUGACGUAACAAGCAAAAACGAUACAACAGCCAUAAUAGAAUUGCUUCAGGAAGCAUUCAGGAACACUUUAUUUGAAAAUAACUGGCUAGACAACUACACAAGAGAUUACGCCAGGAUUAAGAUCAACGAAAUGGAUCUAAAAAUUGGAUUUCCAGAUUUCAUUUUAAAUGAAAAGGAGCUAAAUGAAAAAUAUUCUGAUAUUCACAUACAUCCCGAUUACUUUUUUGAAAAUACCUUAAGUAUUUUAAGACAUGUUACCAGAACAGAAAAGCUAAGAAUUGGAAAUUCUGUUGACAAAAAGAUUUGGAGCAUAUCACCAGCGGUGGUCAAUGCGUACUACAGCCGAAAUAAAAAUCAAAUAUUGUUCCCGGCGGGAAUGUUGCAACCUCCAUUUUACCAUAAACAUUUUCCAAAAGCUUUGAAUUUUGGAGGUACUGGAGUGGUAAUAGGACAUGAAAUCACCCACGGAUUCGAUGAUAAAGGAAGACUCUUUGAUCAUCACGGUAACUUUCACUUGUGGUGGAAGGAAGCUUCCAUAGAAAAGUUCAAUGAGAAAGCUCAAUGUUUAAUAAACCAGUACAGCAAAUACGUGAUACCUGACAUCAAAAUCCCGAUAGAUGGAUUUCUGACUCAAGGAGAAAAUAUAGCAGAUAACGGUGGUUUAAAACAAGCAUUCUUGGCUUACAAAAGCUGGUUAGAUCAAAAUCCUGAUAACGACGAAAGUCUCCCACAUAUGCCACAUAAUGGAGAACAAUUAUUCUUUUUAAGUUUUGCACAAGUGUGGUGUGGCAGGCAAAGAUCGGAAGUGGCCAAAACUAGAAUUUCAACAUCUGUUCACGCUCCGGGAAUGUUCAGGGUAAUUGGGGCUAUUAGCAACUCCGAAGAUUUUGCAAAAGCUUUCAAUUGCCCUUUAAAUUCGCCGAUGAACCCACAAGACAAAUGUACUAUUUGGUAACUAUAUUUUUAUAUUUUUUAUACAGAUUCAGUGACCCUAGUCAAUGUUAUUGCUUUUAU